AGUUCCCGCUUUGGUGAGCGGAGGAGCAAAACCCCAAAUUGAAAUAAAUACCCAACUCACGAAAACUCCAUUGAAGCAGAGGCAAUUGGUAUUUGGUGAAGCUGAGCCAGAGAGACGCUUGUAUAUGGUGAGUAGUCCCUUCUUCUAAUCGUUUGCUCCGAUUAUGUUUGGUGUUUACUGUAAAAGAUUGCAAUUACUAGUUCCAACUUCAGUUACCCAUUUUCAUUGCUUUCAAAAGUUCCUUCCUUUUAGCAGAUCAUAUUCAUCUUUAUUAGGAUCUGAUAUUGAUGAUGAUGAUGAUAAACCCCAAGGUCACUCUUUUACAGUUUCAUACCUCAUAAACUCAUUUGGGUUUUCCCCAAAACUGGCUCUCUCUUUGUCCAAUAAGCAUAGGGUACGGUUUGAUUCCCCAGAAAAACCAGACUCAGUUGUUAAGCUUCUCAAACACCAUGGGUUCAAUGGUACCCAGAUAUCCGAAAUUGUUAAGAAACUACCAACCUUGCUUUUGUGCAAUGCUGAGAAGACCCUUGAGCCCAAGCUCCAGUUUUUUGAUUCUAUUGGCCUUUCAGCCACCGCCCUUGCUUGGGUCGUCAGUUACAACCGACGCAUUUUGGGUCAAAGUUUAGAGAGAAGUCUCCGACCGUGCUAUGAUAUCAUCAAAAGUCUACCUAUCCCCGACAACAUGGUGGCUGUUUUCUUGAAGAACUCGAACCGGGCAUUUGGGGUCAAGAUGCUUAGCAAUCUUGUUCCCAAUGUUUCAGUUCUUAGGGCAAUUCAAGUGCCGGAAUCCUGCAUCUCCUUUUAUGUUACCUAUCAUCCUCUUGUGCUGUCCCCUGAAACUAGCAAGUUUAAGGAAAGUGUAAACAAGAUCAUUAAUCUCGGAAUUCUGCCUCCGAGUUUUACUUUCAUGAAGGCACUACAAGUCAUCUCUCAGAUGGAUGCAUCAAAGUGGAGACGAAAGACAGAGUUCUAUAGGAAGUGCGGUUGGACUGAGGAUGACUUUCUGUUGGCAUUUAGAAAGAAUCCCAUGUUUAUGAGCUUGUCAGAGGAGAAGUCUUCAAGUAAAAUUGAGUUUCUUGUGAACAAAAUGGGUUGGCAGCCUGCAGAAGUGGCUGACAGGCCUGAUAUUCUAACUCAUAGUUUGGAGAAGUCUAUCAUACCUAGGUGUUCAGUUAUUAGAGUUCUCCAAUAUAAGGGUUUGAUGAAAAAGGGAGAACUUUCUCAAGCUACCAUGCUGAUAAACAGUAGGAAGCGCUUCUUGGAUAGGUUUGUGACCAAAUAUCAGGAUCAAGCACCUGAACUGUUGAGUAUCUUUCAAGGGCAAAUGUCUCUAGCAGAAUUGGGUGUAGGAUUUGAGGAAAGAGAUGGAGUGAAACAAUUGUAGGAUGAACCUUGUGAAUCUUUUUCUUACUUUAAUUAUUAAGAGCAUCAGAACGGCUACUUAUUCACUGUGAGUUCUGCUGCCACAACAGUCAAUUAUUUUUGUUACUUUUAGCAUUAAAAUA